GUUUCGCUUGUUUUGAAAUUGGAAGUUUGCAGCGCUUCUGUGCAGCCGAGCGUCCGCUAAAGACAAACAAACUGUUGCCUUACCUCCGCAAGACAGCGGGAAAGCGCCUUCUCCAGGAUUUCCAGCUGGGUUUGACAGAUCUGGGCGUGUGGGAGGAAUAUGGAUGUUAUUCCCAUGUGUAGUAUUUUCCAGGAGCUACAGAGUGUCCUUGACACGGGAUACCUGUCCGCAUUACCAUCUCUAGAGGAGUACUGGCAACAGACUUGUCUGGAGCUUGAGCGCUAUCUGCAGAAUGAGCCUUACGUCUCUGCAGCUGAUCUGAGAUCAGUAUGCAAGUCUGACAAUCUUUGGAAUCAGUUUCUACGCUGCUGUGGGACUGAACCGAACUCAUCCCUGCCGGAAGCUUCCAUCCCCAAGCAGGACGGGAUCGCUACGGCUUCCCAUUUGCCAUUCGGCAGCUGUAAGAAGAUCACUGCAUCUGCUGAUGUGCUCACACACCCACUGGAUCACAGCGUAUCUGAGCAGCAGCAUGUAAUCGCACACACCCCCCCGACGCCGCCCUCACUCCCUCUCAUGGAGGGUAAAGAAGAUGCAGAAGGGGCGAGAGGGGAUGAGAUCAAAGGUGAGGGGUCAUCUGAAGGACGAAGGAGAGCUCAUCGCUGUUACUUCAACGGCUGCAGGAAGGUGUACACCAAGAGCUCUCACCUGAAAGCACAUCACCGCACACACACCGGUGAGAAGCCAUACAGGUGUUCGUGGAAUGGCUGUGAGUGGUGCUUCGCUCGAAGUGAUGAACUGACCAGGCACUUCAGAAAACACACCGGAGUCAAACCCUUCAAAUGCAGCCACUGCGACAGGUGUUUCUCUCGUUCUGAUCAUCUGGCCUUGCACAUGAAGCGACACAUCUGAACGCAAAUCCCAAAGACCUGCCACCGCUGGUUUUCUAUGUAUUCGCUGAGUGUCAGUGUUGCAGAUUUUGCACCUUCUUGCUAAAGAUAUAGUUUCAGCAGAACAUGGGUAAUAGCAUUUUUUUAUCCUAUGCUGGUGACAUUUGACUUAUUCAGUUCAAGUUAAAGCAUAGCUAUAAAGGCACUGAAAAGGCAGAAAGUCUGGUACUGAAUGUAAGUUAGCAUAUUUGCAGACUUUGCAAAUUGCAGUGAAUAUAUGUCAAAAUCAGUCAAAAUCAAAAAUAAUAUUUUGCUAACUAACACUUUGCAUUAACACAC